CCUGAUGUGAUGUGGUUAGGAAAUUAGCUUUUGGGGACGAUCCAGUAACUAAUAAGUAACAAGCAACAGUGUUUUAGGAAAGAGAAAACGGAAAGCACGGGAAUGAUUACCCUGUCGGUAUUUGCUUAUGAUAAACCUCUCCAAGCACACCAGGUGUUUGCUGAAAUUUCUCAGUGACAUCGAAAUGCGUCUAAGUAGUUUAACACCAACACAUCUUCAAACUCUCUCACACACACACCACUCCAAUUUUCCAAACAAUGGAUUGCACAUUCUCUACCAUUAGUCUAUAUCCCAUCUCAUGGGGAAGAAAUGGCAGGGUAGCUUUGAUGGCCUCUGCCCAUUCAAGUACUAGGAGAAGAUUGCCCAAGAACCUUCAGUAUCCACGGCGCACCAAGCUUCCUCCGGACUUUGGUGUUAAUUUAUUCUUGAAGAAGGCCAACAAAAGCAAAAGCCCCACUGACCCAUCUCUAACUGAUUUGAUAAAUAGUCAAAAACCUCACUUGGCAGUAGAAGAAGAUACCCAAGAAGAAGAAGAAGAAGAAGAACAUAACCAAGAAGGAGACGGAGAAGAUGGUAUUGUUUGGGAUUCAGAUGAGAUUGAAGCUAUUUCAUCCCUUUUCCAAGGGAGAAUACCUCAGAAACCUGGAAAGUUGAAUAGAGAAAGGCCACUUCCACUCCCACUUCCCCAUAAGCUUAGACCUAUAGGACUUCCUACACCAAAGAAUAAUGUUAAAUUAGUUUCUCCAAUGGCAGUUUCUUCACGUGUAUCCUUAUCCAACAAAGUGUACAAAAAUCCUGGUGUUCUUAUUGGUAUAGCCAGAGAAAUUAGAAGCCUUAGUUCAGAGGCAGAUGUGUCUGUCAUUCUCAACAAGUGGGCUAGAUUUUUAAGGAAAGGAUCCUUGUCAUUAACAAUUCGGGAAUUGGGUCACCUGGGUCUUCCUGAGAGAGCUUUACAGACAUUCUGUUGGGCUCAGAAACAACCUCAGCUUUUCCCGGAUGAUCGGGUAUUGGCUUCGACAGUUGAGGUCCUGGCAAGGAAUCAUGAGCUGAAGAUGCCAUUCAAUUUAGAAAAGUUCACUUCUUUGGCGAGUCGGGGUGUGAUCGAGGCAAUGGUGAGAGGGUUCAUUAGAGGAGGAAGCUUGCGUCUUGCAAGGAAGGUUCUUUUGGUAGCCAAGGAUGGUAAAAGAAUGUUGGAUUCUAGUGUUUAUGCAAAGUUAAUAUUGGAGCUUGGGAAGCACCCGGAUAAACAAAUGCUUGUUGUGGCCUUACUGGAUGAACUUGGGGAAAGAGAGGAUUUCAGUUUAAGCCAACAGGACUGUACAGCUAUCAUGAAAGUUUGCAUUAAGCUUAGGAAAUUUGAAAUUGUAGAGAGUCUGUUUAAUUGGUUCAAACAAUCUGGGCGUGAUCCAAGUGUUGUUUUGUACACUACUUUGAUUCAUAGCCGUUAUUCAGAGAAGAAGUACAGGGAGGCAUUGGCUGUGGUUUGGGAAAUGGAGGCUUCUAACUGUCUCAUUGAUCUUCCAGCUUAUCGUGUGGUAAUUAGGCUUUUUGUUGCUUUGAAUGAUCUCUCAAGAGCUGUAAGAUACUUUUCGAAGCUUAAAGAAGCAGGCUUCUCUCCCACAUAUGACAUAUACCGGGACAUGAUUAAAAUUUACAUGAUUUCUGGGAGGCUGGCCAAGUGUAAGGAGGUCUGUAAGGAGGCAGAGCUGGCAGGAUUCAAGUUGGAUAGAGAAACAACAUCAUGGUUGUUGCAAUUUGAAAGAGAUAAAAGUUUGUCAGUAAUGGCAGAGACUAUCAAAUGCACCCACACUUAUGGAACAGGUUGUAUCACCAGGACAGUGAUGGCUAAAUUGGAUUACUGCAUUUAUGCAAUUCAUUUUCAUUGUUCAAGUUUCUGGUUUCUUGGUGCAAACUGCAAAAGAUUCCUACCAUAGACACAAUCAAUCAACUUGUCUGCUUGACUCAGUGUUUCCAUAUGUGCAAUUCCCCUAGGGUUCCCCCCAACCCCGCAGAAAAGGCACUUCCAUAGCUAAGUUUCUGAACACAAGAUCCAUGAUUGAUUGUAUU